CACAUUUUGACUUGUGCCAUUUGGGCAGAUCAUGGACACGAGCAAGUCGACUGGAUCCGUCGAUGCAUUGCCACGCAGAGUCGUUUUCUGUGUCGAUGUGGGACUGGAAAUGAAAGAGACGUUGGGUUCAUCGGUUGACGGUGGUAUACAACACUCGUUACUGCAGACAAGUUCGCGAUUAGAAACGACACUUUUCCUAAUAAGACGGUAUAUUGCCAUGAACCAACUCAUUGCUUCUUCCGAUCAGUACGCCGUGGUUUUAUUGCAAGAUAAAGCAAAGUGGUGGGUUGGAUUUUCCAAUGAUUUGGACGAGAUUGAAGUCGCUCUGCAAGGAAUAGAAUGCCACGAAUACAAAGAGAUCUUUGGUAGAAAAGAUGUGAACGAUCUCUUGAUCACUAUAGCAGGGCAUUCGGAUUUGAGUGAUCAACGCUAUUUUACCCAAGUCAUUUUAAUAUACGGAAGAGCUCAACAUUUGCCUUUGAGCAUGUCCAAAGUACACCGACGCGUGAUACGCGAUUCCCAGCGGUUUACUAUGGAUGUGUUAUUCCUUCACGGACCUUCCGAUACUCGAUGCAAAGUCAUUUAUGAGACACUGCAGAGUUUCGAUAGUCGAACGGUGCCUGGAUGGUACUUUGAAUUUCGGCCCAUGGCGCGAAGCUCAUUCACCAAGGCAAUGGCUCAACUGGUUGCUCAUCCGUCACAGCGAAGUGAUAGGAGGAGUGCAAGCCAGGUACUGGAACCUGUCAAUGCACCCGAGGAAGAUAUGAUAAGUUUAGACAGCGAUGCAGGACAAGGUUGAGGCUACUCUGGAUGGGGGACGCGGGUUCUUUCAUCAGCACAAUAAGCAGGAAUCUGUAAUCCAUUGAACCUAUGGAGAACUUUUCUGUCAAUGACUGAUUGUAUUUUUUUUUUUCCUGUUGG